AUGGAGGACGAGGAUGCAGCAUUUAUUAAACAGGCCACAGAAGCAAUAGUGGACGUAUCACUAAAUAUGGACAACAUAGAUCCUAUCAUAAAAGAAUUACUAGAAAGAGUAAGAAAGAGGCGAAACACGUCACGAAAUGGAAAAACUUCACUCAAACCAGGAAAGAAUAGUAUUGAUAUUAGUAGUUACGGUGGGGCCGUAGAGAUCGAAAAGGAAACCGAAUUGGAAAGAAUAUCCAAGCCCAGUGAAAGCAAGUCUCAAGACCGGCGGAACAGUACUGGUGAAAAAAAAUUCAAAUGUGCAAAAUGUUCUUUGGAAUUCUCACGAUCAUCCGAUUUGAGAAGACACGAGAAGACACAUUUUGCCAUAUUACCUAACAUUUGUCCUCAAUGUGGCAAAGGUUUUGCAAGGAAAGAUGCAUUGAAAAGACACUAUGAUACAUUAACUUGUAGAAGAAAUAGGACUAAAUUGUUAACUGCAGGUGGUGAGGGUAUUAAUGAAUUAUUGAGAAAGGUCAAGCAGUCAAAUAUCGUUAAUAGUCAGAAGAGCAACAGCAAUAGUAGCAGUAGCAGCAACGGUUGA